AUGCCCUGGACCAGACCCCAGGUGGACCUUCAUGCUGGUGGAGCAGAGGCCAUGGACCAGUACAACAUAGAAGACCACCACUAUAAGGGCUCCCUGUUCCCCACCUUCACCCUCAUCCCUAUCACUGUCAUCUGCAUCCUCAUUUUCAUUGUCGGAGUGACGGGCAACACCAUGACCAUCCUUAUCAUCCAGCACUUUAAGGACAUGAAGACCACUACCAACCUGUACCUGUCCAGCAUGGCAGUGUCUGACCUCAUCAUCUUCCUCUGCCUGCCCUUUGACCUCUACCGCCUGUGGAAAUAUGUGCCCUGGCUGUUUGGGGAAGUGGUGUGCCGCCUCUAUCACUAUAUCUUUGAGGGCUGCACCUCGGCCACCAUCCUUCACAUCACAGCCCUGAGCAUUGAGCGUUACAUGGCCAUCAGCUUCCCCCUCAGGAGCAAGGUGGUGGUGACCAGACGCAGAGUCCAGUACAUCAUCCUCGCCCUGUGGGGUUUCGCCCUGGUUUCUGCAGCUCCCACACUCUUCCUGGUUGGGGUUGAGUAUGACAAUGACACACACCCAGACUACAAUACAGGGCAGUGCAAGCACACCAGCUACGCUAUCACCUCCGGCCAGUUACACAUCAUGCUCUGGGUGUCCACCACCUACUUUUUCUGCCCAAUGCUCUGUCUUAUCUUCCUCUAUGGCUCCAUCGGGUGCAAGUUGUGGAAAAGCAAAAAUGACCUACAAGGACCCUGCGCUUUCACACGUGAAAGGUCACACAGGCAAACAGUCAAGAUCCUGGUGGUGGUGGUGCUGGCCUUCAUCAUCUGUUGGUUGCCCUAUCACAUUGGCAGGAACCUCUUUGCCCAGGUGGACGACUAUGAUACAGCCACGCUAAGCCAGAACUUCAACAUGGCUUCCAUGGUGCUCUGCUACCUCAGCGCCUCCGUCAACCCUGUCGUCUACAACCUUAUGUCUCAGAAGUACAGGGCUGCAGCCAAACGCCUCUUCCUGCUGCAUCAGAGGCCCAGACAAGCCCACCGCGGCCAGAAACCGCUCUGUGUGAUCGACCACAUCUCCACCCUGAAUGAAAGCCUGACUGGGGUCUGA